AAACAAACAAGAACGAAUGGUAAAACACACUACAAACAAUAUGAUACAUUAGCGUCGACAGUAAACAGGAAAUUUAAAGCUAUUGACAGCGAUAAUUUUUUUCUUUGUUUCAAAUACUUUUAUAUAAAAUUUGAAAAUGUCGAGUCAUAUUGACGACUACGAAGAAUACAAUUAUGAUGCGGAUAAAUUAGUAAAUGGCGGACAUAGUGGUAAAAAUAGGAGCAAGAAAGAGGCUAGUGAACACACGAACCAUUUUGAUCCAAGUGGACAUUCUAGGAAAUUGGCUGCUAAAUUGCAAAACACCGAGUCCAACAGAAAAGAAGAAAAUUUAAAACCGCAUCCUAUUACAAAGAAAUAACUUGUCAUUUGAUUCUUUUUUCCGUUUAAAUAUUUAAAGUUUAAUAAUUUACUAACAUAUUAACUGCUCAGAAUUACUGAUUUCAAUAAAGUUUUUUUUUCAAA